AUGCACGCGCUUUCCAGCGGUCUCUUGGCCGGCUUCAUGAGUGACGAAAAGAGCCUGUCCAUGGGCGCUUUUACCCUCUCAGGUCUUAGCAGCAUGGGCUCUGCAGAGCAGGCUGGACCGGACGCUCUUGAGAGUAUCGUGCCUGCAGCUGGCGUGGCAGGAAAUAUCCGUGCCCUGAGCUGUGGUAUCGGUUCUGCUUGGCAGGCGACGGCUGUUCUGAUGACUGCCAACGCACGGGCCAUCAGAGAACUGCCCAAGGACCACUUGGAGUAUCUGGAGUCGAGUGCUGAGAGAAAGGUUGGCGAGGAAGUGACCGAAGCUGCCCUUUCUCGGCCAGAGCUCCAUAGCGUGCUUCCUCUGAAGCCGUUGUCGGCUGAGAUAGAAGAUACGAGCAACGACAAAUGGCAGGUGGUGAUGAAUAGAGUGAUGGUGAAAGCAGGAGGGAGAAUGGCUGCGGCCCUCGUGUCCACGACGUCGGCACCUCAACCCCAUGAGGUCUUCCCUGCCAGCUCGGUGAUCGAGCUCUGUGGCGCAGCGGUGCUGCGCACGGCGGAGGACCUCAACUCCGAGAAUUGCGGCGAGCUGGAGCAGGGACAGGCAUGUUUUGUUCUGGGCCACGGCACUUCGCCAGACAGCCGGCGGUUGCAGGUCUACGUCAUCGGCAAGGGCUUGCGCGGCUGGAUCAGUUGCGUGGCAAAGUCCGGGAGGAAGCUCGUGACGAUGAUUGGAGCUCCAGGCUCGGACGUUGCAGCCGGUGCUGCAGGCGAGUUCCAAGCCAUCGCGGGUGCAGCCGUGGCCGGUGCAUACGCAGGCUCCCCUCGGUCUGGCAGUGUCUUCAGUGCCGCGCCGGCCAUGCCGAUGGUCACACAGCACAGCCAGUCCUCUGCGUGCACGCCAUGCCAAAGUGUUACCCCUGCCAUGCCCAUGCCGGCCGUACCAGCAUGCGGGACAAUGCGAAGCAAUCACUCGGCCUGUGUUGGUCAAGCCAUACAGAGCCAGGGUGCUAUGCCCGCGAUGCCCGGAGUUGGGACAAUGCAGAGCCAAAGUGCGAUGCAGGCAUGGAGCCCGGCAGCCGCGGUGCAGAGCCAAGCUUCAAGCUACUCAGCAAGCAGGUGCCAAGUCGACAUAGCUCCCAGGAGUUGCGGCUUCUCGGCAGCUUCCGAUGCCCCGGAGGCGCAGGGCCGCGGAAACGCCGUGCCCCCUGCGGCCCGGCUGACAUUGGAAAGCUCCAGCACCGUCAACUCGAGCAGCGUGGGCCAGUUCCCACCAGGCUGUCGAGUGGCCGUCCUUGACGAGAUGGUCAUGCGAGCCGAGGAGUCCCUGAAGAGCGAGCAGCUCGCCGUGCUGGAGGAGGCGUCAGGCACUCUUGGCUGGAUCAGCUUCGUAGCGCAGUCCGGGCGACCCUUGGCAUUUGGCCCAGCCAACGAAGUGAAAGUAGAAGUGAAAGGUCUUGGCUUCCGAGUGGCCUUGGCGGCUGCCGAGGUGGCCCCCCCGGCCUUUGCUGCGAUGCCAUCCAACCGAUCGCGGUCCACGAGUGCUGCGGGCAUCGGCACUGCGUCAGCGUCGAUCUUUUCGGCACAGGAGGCGCCCGUGGAGCACGGGGUGUCGAUCCCGAUGCCCGCGACGGGCGUGGCCAGCGUGGCGAGCCGGGUGAGCCGCGUGUCGUAUCACCCACAGGUGAUCACGCAGGAGGUGGAGCCAGCGGGCAAGCAGUGGCUACGGCGGCAGAAGGCACAGGACCUCCGCGAGGAGGCGCCCAAGAGGUUUCUGGUGGACAAUCGCUUGCUCCAUGCGGGUACGGAGGGCGUGAACUAUCGUUUUUCGAAAGAUCUGGAGGACAUCGACUUGAGCUGCACGGCUUUGUGGGGCUCCGUCGUCGAGGGCGUGGAUGAAGGGGACGGCUGGCUUUGCGUCUCCGGCGAGCUUUACCUGCCCAUGCAGCUGGCGGGCGUGCCUAUCCUCACAAUCGAGGAGUCGCCCUGGGCGCUUGCAGGGCUGCAGGUCGUGGAGGCUUUCCCCAUCGGCAGCGCGGUGCUCAUGCUCGAGGCAGCCAUUAUGCGGGCUGCCGAGGACCUUCGGAGCACAGCAAUCUGUCAGUUGGAGAAGGAGCAACAGAUGCAGAUCCUUGGCCACGGCGCAGGCGCCCGGAACCGCAGGCUCUUCGUUCAGGACCCGGUGUCUGGGCAGGACGGUUGGAUCAGCUUCGUCUCCCAGACGGGAAAGCUGCUCGUGACACCGUUGGAUCAUUCUCCCGAGCAGAUGCAGAAGGUGGCAACGAUGAUUACCACCCGGCAGCAGCUGGAGAGCUUUGAUGGCCAGGGGGCAUCCGUGUCCAUGGAGGUCGCACAAGCUCAGGAGGAGCCAGCUGCCCCGGAGACACAACAAGCCUUCCUCGUCGACAACCGGGCUUUCAAGGCGGACUCCGACGGUGUCGGCUACCGAGCUUCUCCUGAUCUGGAGGACAAGGUGGUCCCUGCUAGAACAGCCUUGUGGGGCACGGUGGUUCACGGUGUCGCCGACGACGAAGGAUGGCUGAGGGUCGGCGCCUACUACCUCCCAAUGGCCUUGAAGGGCAUCCGGGUGCUGACCCCAGAGGCCGAAGCACCAAAAGCUCAUCUCCCGCAGCUCCCGGGCUUCGCACGAGGAGACUGGGAGUACAUCUGCAUCGACCCGAAGGGUGCGAGCACCUACUUCCAGCCCGGAGCGCCCUCGGAGUCUGGCCAGGCGUCCUUUUUGAGAGGGCUAGUGGCGGCUAGUGAGCGGCUAGUGCCUGGUUUGGGUUUUUAUCAUCGUCUCAGCCGGGCCGGAGUUGAGGCGUCUCAGGUACUCUGGCUCAAGCUGCGGCCUGUUGACUCUUGGGCUUACUCAGCAUGGCAUGCUCGACGCGAAAGGCGACAACCGGCACGGGCCGUGGCCGCAGGCGUGUUGGUGGCAGCUUCGUGUUUGGGCCGCUGCGCCGGAGCGCAGCGCCUCUUGCAGCGGCUCGGCUGCCAGCAUGAUGCCGCCGGAGAGAUCGGUGAUACGGUGAUACAGCCGCUGCGGACCCGAAGCUGUCACCACAAGGCCAUCGGAAGCAUCAGUGCCCCAAUGUUGUGA